AGUGCGUGCCAUUUACGCGGUAUGAGAUCGCGUGAAAUUAUGUGGAACACGUGUUGUGAGGAGAAAAAAAGGGGGAAAAAAGCCCCAAAACCCUUAAACCCUAAACAUACGAGCGACGGCAGCAAAGCCCCCAAAUUGUUAGAGAGAGAGAAGAAGAAGAAGAAGAAGAAGAAGAAGAGGAUGAAUCACAUAGCAGCAGCAGAAGAGCAAAUAGUAUCAGAGAGGAUAAGGCAAAAGCUACAAGAAGUGAAUUUGGCUGCUCAACAACAUCUCUCUCCCAUUCAGGAUCACGUCAAUUUCACCCUCCAGCAAGCAUACUUCAAAUGUGCAUACGAGUGCUUUGAUAGGAGAAGAAAGCAAGAAGAGAUAAGCAAUUGCGUUGAGUAUUGCAGUGUUCCUGUUGUUAGUGCUCAACAGAGAGUUGAGAAUGAGAUGGCCAAGUUUCAAGAGAAGUUGAACAGGGCUCUAAUGGUUUGCCAAGACAAGUUCGAUUCAGCUAAGUUACAACAGAACAAGAACAAUAUGCUGAACGAUUUGGAGUCGUGUGUCGAGCACUCGAUCCAGGACAGUAUCAAGACGCUACCGCAUCUUUCUGAAAAAUUGAGGGCUUCCUUUUCCGUUAACAAUUAAGUCAAAGAAUUAAAUAAAUACUAAUCUUAGUUUAUCCCCGCCUCCAUUGAGUUUUACCAUAAGUUAAUGAUAAUCGGUUAAUACGUUAAGGUCAGCUAUGUGAUCUUUUUUGAGGCUUUAUCGUUUAUGAAAAUUUCCCAUUCAUGUCCUAAUUGGAAAUGCUUGUUUUAACCAUUCGCUUAAAUAUGCAUUUACAGUUUGUUUUGUGUUUGUUACACUUUAGGAACUCGACAGCUACCAUAUUUCAUAAUCAUGAAAAUUAGUACGGGAUGGAUAGAUUAUUUUCGGGACAAUAUU